GAGCAUUUCGUUUCAUGCUUCAGACCAGCACACAAAUUUUCCAGUGAACAUGUUCAAAGCGUGGUCUUCAGUUCUUGCCGCGUUAUCUCUGGCGAUGUUGGCUUUAUCUGAAAGCUUAACGCUCCAAGCAGAGAAGGAAUUCGCCUCUGGCUUCCUUCAAAUGCUGGACAUGGAUCAUGCUCCUAAUAUCUCGAGCGAUCGCCAUGACAUUCCGCGCUACAUCUUAAAUCUGUACAAGGGCAAGCUUACAUGGAAGCGAUCUAGCGUCGGCAGAAGAAUUCCAGAUGGCUCUACCACACGGAUUCUGUUCCCGCAAGAUCUUAAUGAGGACACCGACAGCUCAAUUCUCCAGUUCAACUUGUCUUCGGUUGACCUCGGCUCCGGUAAAAUUCUACGAAAAGCUGAACUGCACGUCCAAGUUUUUUGUGGAGAGGGUGUGAAUGUGAAAGUUAGCAUCGUUUACAGCGAUGGGUCACAAAAUAUUGCAGACGGCGAUAAGGAGACAAUAUCAACUCGGGAUUGUCACAAGACGAUCAAAAGCAGAUGGCUUGUGUUCAACCUGACUCAAGUUAUACUUUCAAAGGUCAAAAGGCGCAGAGGAACUGUAACUCUGGCCAUUUCAACUAAUCCUGCAUUCAAAAUUACCACAAAAGGAAAACGAAAGCCUUUCCUUGUUGUUUUCAACGAGCCACUCGAAAUUCCAAACCAAGGAGUACUCGGCGCUCCCCCAAUGAAGAGGCGACAAUUCGUGACAGGUAACGCGACAGAGAACAGCUAUGGCAAACUUUCCCGAACGAAGCGUUCGGAGGAUAACAUGUGUCGAAAACGAAGACUCGCAGUUCGAUUCCGCGACUUAAAGUGGAGUGGAUGGAUUAUUGCACCUACGCGAUUUGGAUUUCAUUACUGUGAGGGUUCAUGUCCUGGUACUCUCAGCCUGGACUCAAAUCCGACAAAUCACGCAAUUCUGCAAAACAUUAUCCAUCAUCGGCUGGGCAAAAAAAUACCGGCCGCCACUUGCGUAGCCACUGAGCUUCGCUCGAUGAGUCUUCUCUAUUACGACCAUGACGAUACAAUUGUGCUGAGAGAUGUUCCGGGUAUGGUCGCGUCGGAUUGUGGUUGUCGAUAACUCUAAAUCCUAGAGCAUCAAUUCAAGUUGAAGCUAGGAACAGGUUGACGAACCUUGCAGGAGUUCUAUUCGCAUAAUCCGGUGUUAAGUGCUAUGUUAAUUGCGUGAUAACAGUGUUUAAGAGUCCGUCUCUCAUCAUUUCUUUAGGUCAAUAGUCCAGUUCAGAUCACGAAACAUGUCGAUGUUAUGAAUGUAUUUUCUCUUUUAAUCUCGAAAGAGUAAAACGGUCGAAGUUUCGAUGAAAUCUGGUCAGGUAUGUAAAUUUUUUUAGUCAGAACCUCAACGCAAUGACCCUAACGCUUUUUCAGACAAUAAAGAAGUUCUGUCAAAUUCAAACCGAACAUGGCUCCUUUUGCGCUAAUCUACAUAAUCGUCUAAGCUUUUAUCCAUUUGAAAGGAGCUGCGUUAAAUUAGGUUAUUCAAAGUAGUUUUGAGACGCAAGGAACCAUAUUCAAGUAACAGGAAUUCUUGAAAUUAUAAUUACGUACGACAGGGGCGUAGUAACCAUAUCCGCUCGUACAUAGACAAGCAUGGUUCAGGUGGAUACGAUUGUGGCCGAUUCGAGUGACAAACUUUGAAUAAUCAAUAGGCUAGCUCUAUCAAAAUGCAUAAAGUGCAUAAAAGUGCUUCUGGACGCAAACAAAGGGCGGCAAGACAUGAUAAUAAUCAGUCCAUGAUAGCACAAAAAAAAAAUUUAACUAUGGAUUUGGGUUUUUUUUAAUGGUCUUUAGUCUUUUACGUUUCAACCUGAAGGUAUUGUAGGACUGUCUAGGAUAAAGAUAAAUAUGGAAGAGGACGAUUAUUUAAAAACUUUAAGAGAUAAUGAAGACUUUAAGAGAUAAGACAAAAGAAAUCCAAAUAGUUGGGAAUAGAUAUUGAGCAAAACGACGGAAAGAACACCAACCGACCAUGUUGAAUUGUGUAAGUAAAUCAAUCUUUUAUAAAACUGACAGGAUACGUUUAAUUAUUUUACGUAUCGACAAUUGAGGGAAAUAGCAAGAACACACUUCACUUUUCGGUCCUAGAGAGGAAAAAUAAAAAGUUUAUAGUUUGGCAAUAGUCACGAUUUCAUGUGGAAUAACCUGAUAAGAUAUUUGUGUUGAUUAAUUAUCGUCAGCGGCAAUUAGUAUUGGAAUAAUCAUUUAAAUCAUCCGACUAGAAUAAUUCAAUAACUGCAAUUAAAGAAAAAACAAAGGAAUAAAGAGGAUGCCGCAUGCCUUUUGAAUUUUGCUUACUGAAGCGUCAGUCGAGUAAACUUUCCAGUUACUAGCAGAAGAUAUCAACUUUUUUUAAUAAUCGCCAUAUACUCAGGUGUCUGCAUCUGAGAACUUGUUGCAGUAGUGGAUUGGAAUUUAGCAUCUCUCUUUCAAUUUGAUUUUUCACAUCAAUUCCAGUUUGUCUCAUUCGGAGGUGUAUUCAUG